AUGCUUGCUGCGCUCACGUCUGACUUGUCCCCGCACCCCGCGUUUUUUGUCCUUCUUGUUGGACUUAUUUCCUACUAUCUCGCUCAAUACUUCCAAAGUCCAUGGCGUAGACUGCCUCCAGGACCGAAAGGUCUUCCGCUUCUCGGCAAUGCAUUGCAGCUCGGUGACAAACUAUGGCUUACCUUUGGGGUGUUCAGAAAGACUUUCGGAGACAUCGUCUACCUCAAUGCCGCGGGUCAGCCUAUUAUCGUGAUAAGCUCCAAGAAAAUCGCGACGGAUCUUCUUGAUCGCCGUGCCAGCAACUACUCUGACCGACCGCCGAGCUUCGUCGCGAGCGAGCUACUCUCUGGUGGCCUCGCUCUGGGCCUCAGCCGCUAUAAUGAUACGUGGCGCAAACUGCGCAAAGCUGGCAUGGAGGGCUUCAACAAAGGCGCUGUGCACAAUUACCACGGCACACAGUCCGCCGAAGCCCUUAGACUCGCCGCCGGCAUCCUCGCCCAGCCUGACAAAUGGGACGCGCAUUUCCGGCGCUCUGUGGCGUCUGCGGUCAUGUCCAUAGUGUAUGAUUCCCCCAUCGCCUCGGAGACCGACCCAUCGGUAAGACAGAUCAAUGAUCAAGCCGCUCGCGUAACGCGCGCAGCAUCUCCGGGCGCAAAUUUCGUGCAGUUCUUUCCGUGGAUGCGGCAUAUUCCCAGGAGGCGAGUGCUAUCAUGUCGUACCAUCUUGGCGAAGUGGAAGAGAGAUGCCCAGGACUGGCAUGAGCGCGACUCACUUGUGUUUGAAGGCCUCUUGAACAGCGUGGCCAAACGACUGGCCAAGGGCGAGACAUAUCCGAGUUAUGCUGCCACCCUCAUCGAGGACACCGGUCGCCACAACUUAUCAGAGCGCGAAAAAGCAUGGCUAGCCGGAACGAUGUUCGCCGCGGGAGCCGAUACGACCUCUGGCGUGAUGGCCUGGUGGCUACUCGCAAUGAUCAGCUACCCAGAGACUCAGAAACGUGCCCAGGCUGAGCUCGAUGCUGUCGUUGGUCGAUCUCGCGUCCCGACAUUCGCCGACUUCGAACACCUCCCUUACGUUCGCUCCAUGGUGAAAGAAUCCCUACGUUGGCGCUCCGCUUUUCCCAUUGGCGCCCCGCAUCGCUGCAUGGAAGACGACUGGUAUGAGGGUCAUUUUAUACCCGCUGGAACUACAGUGAUCGCCAACGUUUGGGAGAUGAACCGUGACCCGGAGGUGUACGGCGUGGAUGCGGCGGAAUUCAAUCCGGCGAGGUUCCUCGACGCACAGGGAAACAUGGCGCCAGGCAUCACAGAUACGAAGGAGGAGAGUCAUCUCUCGUUUGGAUUCGGGAGAAGGAUUUGUAUGGGACGCCACGUCGCCAGCAACUCCCUCUUCAUUUUCUAUGCCAUGCUUCUUUGGUCGAUGAAUAUAGAGCCUGAGACGGAUGAAAAUGGUAGGCCUGUGCUGUUGGGCGUCGAGCGUGUCGUCCAGGAAGGUUUGGUUGUUCGUCCCGAACCAUUCAAGUGUACAUUUACGCCUAGGUUUCCGGAGGUGAGGGCCAUCGUGGAGCAAGAGAUGGAGCUUAUGGGUCGCUAA